AUGAGCAACCUCAACGUUGGUGCCAUCACCGAGCGCUUCGGCGGCUACUACAACCGCGUCACUUCGACCAAGGCUGGAUCGGCCGCACUCGCCGUGCUGGCGCUCUAUGUGAUCCGCAAGUUCUUCCAGCGCCGCAAGCGCAUCGCUGCACGCAAGGCGUGGUCCAACCCCAGCCGCGAAGUUGCCGUCAUCACCGGUGGCUCGGGCGGUAUCGGUAUGGAAGUCGUCAAGCGUCUCGCAGCAAAGGGCGUCAAGGUGGCCAUCUUUGACCUCACCCCUCCCAAAGACAGUCUCCUCUCCAAGACGGUUCGCUUCUACAAGGUCGACAUCACCGACUACGACAGCGUUGCCGAGGCAGGAAAGAGCGUAGAGUCCGACCUCGGCCCUGUGACGAUUCUGGUCAACAAUGCAGGCGUUGCCAACCCAGGCGCGAGCAUCCUCGAUUUCGACCCCAAAAAGACCAAGCUCACCAUCGACGUCAACCUGCUCUCGCACUUCUAUACGCUCAAGGUCUUCCUGCCCCACAUGAUUCGACACAACCACGGCCACAUUCUCUCCACUGCCAGUGCUGGAUCCUUCAUGAUGCCCGCAGGCGGCGCAGACUACGGCGCCACCAAGGCCGGCCUCGUUGCGCUCCACGAAACGCUUCAGCUCGAACUCGAACUGCUCUACCAGAACCGCAAGGGCGUCCUGUGCUCCAUCGCGCAUCCCUACUGGAUCCGCACACCGCUUUUGGACACCAUCUUCAAGCCCGAGGCGCUGUCAAAGAUGAUCAAGCCCGAACUCGUGGGCGAGCGCAUGGUGGAGCAGCUCCUCGGUGGUCAGGGCGGAAGCCUGUACAUUCCCGGCUGGAUCGGUCAUCUCGCCUGGCUCAGGGUACUGCCCCAUUGGCUCCAGCACCGCAUCCGCAUCGACGCCACGCUCGACCUCCAGAAGUCCAAGCACGAGGCUCGCCCCAAUCCCCCCAUGCCCUAG